AUGAGAGCUUCGCCUAUUCAUACAUCAGUUUCAGACACAGAUGAUGAAACCGAUGAAAAAGUGCAUUUGAUUAAAAAGAAGAAUAAAUCUCCUGCUAUUCAUUUGAGCGAUGAUCAUAAUGACGACGGUCAUGUGUCUAUUGGAGCAACAACAGACGAUGACUCCAUAUUGACAGAACAACAGUAUGGAGCAACAGCGGGUGAUGGUUUUCGUGCUGUAUGUGAAGAAGCUACUCAAGCUAUUCAUAAUGGUAUAUUUCCCGAAAGAAUAAGUCAAGGGUCUAGCGGAUCUUACUUUGUAAAGAACGAUCAAGGAAAUAUUAUUGGAGUUUUCAAACCUAAAAAUGAAGAGCCGUAUGGCCAUUUGAAUCCGAAAUGGUUGAAAUGGUUUCACAAAAUUUUCCUCCCCUGCUGUUUUGGUCGAAGUUGUUUGAUUCCAAAUCAGGUACGUUCAAUGUUUUAUUAA